GAGCGAGCACCAGUCCAAGGUCGGCACUCUUCGAUAUUCGUGAAGCGAAUCGAGUUAAUAAAAAAAUAAUAUAAAGCCGGUCGAAAGGAAAAAUGAAUGUCACUAAAUUUUCAACAGGCGUUGUGCGUAAAUCAGUGUCUCUCAUAGUGAAAAGAAACUUGCAGAAAUCGGCAGCAGCAAUGGUCAAAGUAGGAGAUUCUCUUCCAAGCGUGGAUCUCUUCGAAGAUUUACCGACAAAUAAAGUAAAUUUGGCUGAAUUAUCCAAAAACAAGAAAAUUAUUGUUUUUGCUGUACCUGGAGCUUUCACACCCGGCUGUUCAAAGACCCAUUUACCGGGCUACGUCGAAAAAGCCGACCAACUAAAAUCCAGUGGAAUCGCUGAAAUUGUCUGCGUUUCCGUAAACGACCCAUUCGUUAUGGGAGCCUGGGCUAAAGACCAGAAAACAUCAGGAAAAAUAAGAAUGCUGGCUGACCCUCAAGCUCAACUAGCCAAGGCUUUGGAUCUGACAGUUGAAAUAGCCCCAUUGGGAGGGGUUAGGAGUAAGAGAUACUCCAUCGUCGCUGAAAAUGGGGUUAUUAAAUCUCUGCAAGUUGAACCCGAUGGUACCGGUUUAUCGUGCUCUUUGGCUGACAAAAUUGUUGUUUAAAUUGUGUGUAAAAGUAAUGAUAAAAAUAAAUUAAUAUGUUAGGAGUACAGACGAUUUUUAUUAACCCCUAAAACAUUUAAUUUAACAGAAAUACUUUUUUAUUGUUUAACGCUUUCGAUGUUUUCUGUAGGUUUGGCAACUUCUUCAUUUUUCAGUGAGGAUCCAGAAAUAAAGUUCUCUCCUAAAUGGAUAUUGGUUCUUAUAAAAAUUGAAGCUUUUUUUAGUCUGUAAGCUUCUUGGUCAUUUAUCUUUGGCAUAUGUGUCGAUAAAACUCCAUGACGUCCUAAAAAUAUAUGAGAUAAAACUUUCUAGACAUUUUCAGUACAUACCCAAUCGGAUAAUAGACGUCAUGUAAGGCAGAAAAUUCGCUAUAUGCCCCAUCUGUCGCACGAAAGCACAAUCGACACAAUUCGUUUCCCCCAAAAUUGCUUUAGUCAAAUUGUUUACAAAUCUGGCUACUCCCACAGCUGUCGAUAGAGAGAUACACGAAGACGGGUCUUUGAAUAGCUUCAAAAUGUCGUCUUCAGCUUCGCAAAUGUUACGCUGUAUCAGCUGAGUGGUUGACUAAAGAAAAAAUCGUAUUAUCUAUGCAACUUUUUAAAGGUCAUACUUGUGGUAUAUUGGCUUGCGGUCUAACUUGGGAAAAAACCGCCACAGUUGAGAGUGGGCCAUGACCUCCAACUAUGGGCGUCAAAAUAUCGCUAACGCUCCCCCCUAUGUAUUUCGCAAUAAAAUGGUUAGCUCUCAUCGAAGAUAUCGACGUUAUACCGAUGAUUUUCCUUGCGUCGUAUACUCCAGCUUUUUUGUAUUCCUUGGAAAAAAUCAUUAAUGUUUAUGCUGUGGUACACAGCAAACGGAAAAAUAUAGAACUGUAUAGGAUGACUCCGCGUUUGAAUAUUAAAU